AUUGGUCCGGCGCGGUCACGCUGGUCGCUUUGCAAACAAGUAUUAAUGUAAUCAUUAUCUGUAAAUCAUUAUACUCAAUUUGUUAAAAGCAAUAAAUAAUUUUUUCCGAAGUGCUUUAAAAAUGCGGCUAUGCCCCAUAAAUACAUAAGGUUUUUUGUUUUUCUAAUUUGCGAUACAUACAUGCUUUCAUCAUCAUAAUUCAUUAAAUUUUAAAAUGGCUGAUAGACUUACGCAGUUGCAAGACACAGUUAAUCAGCAAGCAGAGCACUUUUGCAACGCGAUUGGUGUGAUUCAGCAAACAUCUUUUCCUAGUAAAUUUCCAAAUUUCGACCGCACAGGAUGCCAAACUCCCAACCCAACUCAGCCGCAAGAGGACUAUGCCCAGCUUUUUGCACAGUUAAUUGCACGAUGUGCCAAAGAUAUUGACACAUUAAUAGAGUCACUACCAAAUGAAGACAGUUCCAUUGAACUGCAAAAUUCCAGCCUUAAGAAACUAGAGAUUGAAAAUCAAGAAACUGCACACGAACUUGAGGAAGUCGUGCGAAUGGGCGAGCUUUUGCUAGAAAAAAUGCAGUCUGCAUUGGAAAACAUUGCUCAAGCUCAAUUGGAUAUGCAAAUAACUCUGAAAACAAAUUAAAAAUAUCCGAACAAAAUAAACAUUACCUUCUCUAAUUUA